GUUGAAACGUGCACACACGCGUGAAUGUCUAUAAUUCCAGUCGCGAUAAUCGUUCCCGCUUUGUUCACGGUCACGUGGUCCUACCACGUCCUAACCGUUUCGGCCGAUAAUCUCAGAGAAACUUGGCCUACCGUCGUCUUCGGCUCUGCUCGGACGAUUCGCAGUCGAUCUGCCAGGGACAUGCAAGAGAUGAGAAGCAACACUCAGGGGUUGGAACUUUCGUCCGACCUGAAGACCACCGGCCAGAAGUUCUCAUCCGACGAAUACCACACUUUGUCAUCGUUGACGUCCGACAACUCGGUCGUCGACGACCCUCCGGUCACCCCAAAAAUGGGCGUUCACUCACAGCUAACCAUCGCCGAUUCCACUCCUCCUCCGCUGAUUCCACCACCACCGCCACAAUCGUUUAUCACUCGGAGCCGGUAUGUCGGAAGCAACCCUCAACAGUUCGGUGGCGGUGGUGACGGAAGGGCCUACCGACCGGAUAUAUUCAUCGACAGUGACCAAAUUCCAGAAUACUCGACGAGCAAUGUGAACGCAUUCCCCAAAUGGAACAGUAAAUACUACACGGGCCAUAGGCAGCUGAAGAAAUACGGGCCGAUGAUCAUGGAGACGGACUUGACGAUGACGGACAGCAGCGGCGGCAGCGGCGGUAUGUACAACGGGUACGACAACGGUUUGGAUUACGGCCAGAUCGAGGCCGACAGUUACAGGAACCAGAUCGGUGGCGACGGUAGCAGCGGCGACAACACGGCGGUGGGUUGGUACACGGAACCGGCCACGAUGGCGUCGUCGCGCCCGAUGGCCGAGAUCCGGGACCCGGGCAGCAGCAGCAGCAGCACCAAAUUCGUGUCGUUGGACGUGAAAAAGCUCAUCUGGCUGGCCGUGAUCAAGGCGGUGCUGGCCAAGCUCAAGUUCCUCGCGAUCCUCAAGUUCCUGGCCGUACUGUUCGUCAAAGCGAAACUGGUGGCGCUGCUCAAGGUAUUCCUGUUCGCCAAGUUCACCGUAAUGAGCAGACUGUUCAAGCUGUGCGUGCUGCCGUUCGUGCCAAGCAUGUUGUUGUGGCUCCGGUCCGCGGCUCUGAUGCAGCUCAACCCCACCGCCGCAGGGAUGGCCAUGAACACCAACAUCAACACCAACACCGCGAUGGCCGACAUGGGCGCGGGUCAGCUCCGGAACGACAGCGCGGCCGACCCGGUGCACAUGCGCAGCACCGACCUGAACGCGAUCGGCACGGCCGCCGAUCUGUUUCAGUUCGUGGCCAACGUGCAGUCGGCCAAGUGCGCGGAGAGGACGGCUUGUCGCGUGGCCAGCAUCCGGCCGCUCGGUUUCCAGUCCGUGUGGUUAAACUGGAUCUUAUCAUCCAUGGUUAAUUAUAUUCCAAACAAAAAACUCAAGUCAUACAUGUUAACAUUCAAGGAUGUUUCUGACUAUCGUUUGGAUAAUAUUUUCAGCCAUCCGUCGACAGAGGAAUGGUUAAAAUGGUGCGAUGAACGUUAUUAUUGUGACGAAGAAUAA